UCACUGGGUCCCGGCCGGUGAUUAUUCGCUGGCACCCGGUGAUCGCCGUGUAUCACCGACAGGGGAGAGACCUGUGCUUCUUUGUAUGGCUCUGCAUAGAAGAGCCAUACAAAGCAGCGUGCUUACAGUGAAGCACACAUUCCCCGCCCCCAUAGUGAAACAGCACACAGUUAACCCUCUGAUUGCCCCACAUGUUAACCUCUUCCUGCCCAGUGUCAUUAAUACAGUGUCAGUGCUUUUUAUUAGCACUGAUCACUGUAUUGGUGUCACUGGGGAUGUCAGUGACACCAAUUCAGUUCCCCCCCAGUGUCAGAAUGCCUGCCGCAGUCUCGCUAUA